AGCGUUAGGAUAGAAAGCUACCCAGUUGGAAUCCGACUACAGACUAUCAACAAGAGUUGUGUGCCUUGUUAUAGACGCGAAAAUCCCGUGUAUUUUUCAUCUUUGUGCACGAAUGCGGCGUCAGUCUUACUGCUCAAGUUUCAACAGCAGCAAUGUUGGAGGAGAACCUCUUAUCGUUGUAGAAGAAAGCUUACUUGGCGAAGAGGAAUCAGAGCUACAGAGAAAUGAUGUAACUUCUGGAUGUUUAGAUCCUGAUUCACCAUCUCUAAAUCCUUAUCUCUUAUCACCUUGGCGUGAUAGUCGAAAACACUCCUUGCCAACUCCACAAUGUACUUCAGGAAUUACUGCGUCUCAAGUGCGCCGCUUAAGUGAAAGAGAAGGAUCAGGCCCAUCACCAAGAGAAGCAGCAUUUCUUGCCACACUUUCUCAAGCACUAGCUCCUCAACCAGGCGGACGAAGACAUUCCGUUGUAACAAUUUCAAAAGUACCUCACUAUUUAUUCAGCAAUCGUCGAGAUUCUAUUGCAGCUUUAUCAAUGGGAGUAUCCAGAGUAUUUUCUAGUCGACGAGAAUCUAGUACUGGGAUCACGAGACCUUCCAGCAAUAGUGGUAGUGCUCAUAAUCUUCAAUUAGACAUUAUGGAUGAUAUAGCUGAAAUAAAAGCAAGAAAGGUUCGUCUUAAAAUGUAUAAGACAUCUUCAAAGGAACGAGUUUGUGAAGUUCAAUCACUGGAAGGUAGUACUUCAGCACAGCGUUACAUACAACAGCAUCGUAGAUUUUCGGAAUUCACGUUAGACUCAAUUCCUGCAGCGUCAAAUAAUAGAAGAAGAGUUUCGGAAAUGCCAGUAACUCCAAUAUCCAGAAGUAAAUUUUCGCAAAGUGCUGGAAUUAUUUGCUCCAACACAGAUCUCAUUUCUAUUCUCAGUUCAUUAACAUCAUCAGCCACUGAAAUUAAUAGACGCGAUGAAGAAUUUUCUUUGACAGUGGAAAAUAAGUCUAGUAAAAGACCUGUACAAAAUAAAAAAAAUCUUAAAAAUUUUCGUUCUAACAGCUUUGAUAUCUCUAUACUGCAUGAGACAAGAAGUAAAUUAUUAUGUUCUAGUACUGUGAAAUCUGCAAAUUCUGCACCUUCUAACUGGUUUGUUAUGCGUCAUCAACCUAUGUCCAAGAAGGAGAAAAACAAUGAGAGUAUUUCAACAUUAAUCAAUUUUAAAUUUGACAAACUGAAAGUCGUAAAUUUUACCAAAGAAGCCCUUCUAAAAAAUCCUCAAAGUAAGGAAUCAAACUUAAGGCAUAAAGUUAUUUGGGAUGGACUCAGUGGUACCAAAGUCGAUGCGCAGGUUCUCGGCAGUGCAAUAGAAGACUUUUUAACGUCUCAAAGAGAAAGUGAUUCUGAGGGAUCCAGUAAUUCUUGUGGAAAACCAGUUGCAUCGCCAAGAAAGUCAAAAAAUACCUCAGGCAAGAUGGCUGCCUGGUUUUCUUCUGGAAACAAAGAAGAGGAGCAGACUGAAUCUUGCGAACCAUCUUUAUGUUCUUCACUUAAAGAUCUAUUUGUAAAGUAAAAUAUUUUGGUUUUGAUAAUUGUAAUAAUACUUUCGAUAGAUUUUGACAGAAAUGCGUUAAGCAGUUACACACCUCAACGUUAAUAGAUUAAAAAUUUUUUCUUGUUCAUUUCAUCGAAAUUUUAAUUAUAUGAAGUGCAUUGUAUUAAAUAGGAUAUGCUUCGAUGUACAGUCGAACCAGGAUAAGAAACAAUUCCAGGAACCGGCAAUUUUUUCUUGCUUAUACAGUUUUUCACUUUUCCAAUCUCUCACUUCUUCAUGAGCGAUUUCUCUCGCUUAUAGAGUUUUAUUAUUUAAUGUCGUUUUUUUAAUUAACGAGGGCGCCUACAUUUAAAGGUAAAAAAAUGUGUAAAUUUCAGGAAUUUUUUUCUCAACUACAAUAAAAUAAAUCCGAAAAAAAUUUAG